AUGGAAACAGAGAAAAAGUAUGCACAGGAUGGGUGUACCCCAGGAACCGCGAUUGUCAUCUCUGAUCAUGAUGAUCCUGUUGUCAGACGAGAGCAAAUACGCACCCAUGAUCUGGAUUUGGAUAAAAAUCGGGAUAUUGCGAUGCUUCUCCUCAAUCUCCGGGGCCAUGUCGACAAACUAGAAGAUGGGCAAAUCCAGCGCCAGAACUAUGAACUAGAAAUUGCGGGCUAUAAGUCUCGAAUUACGGCAUUAGAGGAGGCUGAGCGAGAGAGGAUAAAGGCGUCAAUGUGCCGUAUCUGCUACGGAACCCCGAAUUCUCAUUUUUUAUCAUGCGGCCAUGCAUUUUGUCAAGAGUGCAUUUUACGAUGGGUUCUCAUUGUCGAGGAGUUUGCGAUCUCCAUCUGGAAGCCGUUUAAGAUGGAAAUGCUGGCGAAGAGUGAUGUCAAAUUCCCGAGUGCUUUCCGUCAAGUAUCGAUCAAGACGGGAAAGGCAGAUUCCUUCGCCAUCUUCUGCUUGUAG